CGGAGGCUGCCGGGAGAUCGCGAGGCCUGCUCUGUGAGGGCGGCGUUGGCCUUCCUUCCCCCUCCCCCUGGCCUGAGAGUUGUCUGCUGGUUCUCAGCUUGAAGAAGAAGCCACAGUCCUUAGCGAUCCUCUUUCUUGGCGUUACCAUUUCUGAAGCGAAGCGUGCCUAGCUUUCUAGCGUGAGCUUUCUCUUGGGCCGUCUUUAGAGUCCCGACCCCCUAAAAGUAGCCAAGAAAGAUCUAGCCCGGCAAUGUCCAAGUCAUUCCCGCAGUCAUCUCUGAGUAGGGACUCCCAAGGUCACGGGCGGGACCUGUCGCCAGGAAUAGGCCUUCUUGCGGCCGCCACCCAGUCUUUAAGUAUGCCAGCAUCUCUUGGAAGGAUGAACCAGGGCACUGCCCGCCUUGCUAGCUUAAUGAAUCUUGGAAUGAGCUCUUCAUUGAAUCAACAAGGAUCUCAUAGCGCCCUGUCUUCUGCUAGCACUUCUUCCCAUAAUUUGCAGUCCAUAUUUAACAUCGGAAGCAGGGGGCCGCUCCCCCUGUCUUCCCAGCACCGCGGCGACACGGACCAGGCCAGUAACAUCCUGGCCAGCUUCGGUCUGUCGGCCCGAGACUUAGACGAACUGAGUCGCUACCCGGAGGACAAGAUCACCCCCGAGAACUUGCCCCAGAUCCUCCUGCAGCUUAAGAGGAGGCGAAGCGAAGAAGGCUCUUCGUUGAGUUAUGGUAGAGAUGGCAGAUCGGCCCCCCGGGAGCCUCCGUACCGAGUCCCUAGGGAGGAGUGGGAAGAGAAAAGGCACUUUAGAAGAGAUAGCUUUGACGAGCGGGGCCCUAGCCUCAACCCCGUCCUUGAUUAUGACCACGGAAGUCGUUCUCAAGAGUCUGGUUAUUAUGACCGAAUGGACUACGAAGACGACCGACUGAGAGACGGAGAGAGGUGUAGGGAGGACUCUUUCUAUGGCGAGAGCUCGCAUAACUAUCAUAAGUUUGACAGUGAGUACGAGCAGGUGGGCCGCGGCCCCGGCCCUCUGCAGGAGAGAUCUCUCUUUGAGAAAAAGCGGGGCGCCCCUCCGAGUAGCAAUGUCGAAGACUUCCACGGAUUCUUACCGAAAGGGUACCCCCAUCUCUGCUCUAUAUGCGAUAUGCCCGUUCAUUCUAAUAAGGAGUGGAAUCAGCAUAUCAAUGGAGCAACCCACAGCCGCCGGUGUCAGCUACUUCUGGAAAUCUAUCCAGAAUGGAAUCCUGACAGUGAUUCUGGUCAUGGAAUGGGCGACCCUUUUAUGCUGCAGCAGUCGACCAACCCGGCCCCCGGAAUCCUCGGCCCCCCUCCUCCUUCCUUCCACCUUGGAGGUCCCCCAGUCGGACCGAGAGGUUCCGGAAAUGGGAACAUGCAAGGACCAAGACACAUGCAGAAAGGCAGAAUGGAGACCAGCCGGGUCGUUCACAUUAUGGAUUUCCAGCGUGGGAAAAACCUGAGAUACCAGCUGCUGCAAUUGGUGGAGCCCUUCGGGGUGAUCUCAAAUCACCUGAUCCUCAAUAAAAUUAACGAGGCCUUCAUCGAAAUGUCCACGACGGAGGACGCCCAAGCCGCGGUAGAUUACUACACCACGUCCCCAGCCCUGGUCUUCGGCAAGCCGGUCAGAGUCCACUUAUCCCAGAAGUACAAGAGGAUAAAGAAACCCGAAGGAGGGAAGUCUGAACAGAAGUUCGAACCGAAGCCAGAGCUCGGGCGGGUGAUACACCUGAGCAACUUACCCCACUCGGGGUAUUCCGACAGCGCGGUCAUCAAACUCGCCGAGCCCUACGGAAAAAUAAAGAAUUACAUAUUAAUGAGGAUGAAGAGUCAGGCUUUUAUAGAGAUGGAGACCCGAGAGGAUGCCAUGAGCAUGGUUGACCACUGCUUGAAGAAGGCCCUCUGGUUCCAGGGCAGGUGCGUCAAGGUGGACCUGUCGGAGAAGUACAAAAAGCUGGUCCUCCGGAUCCCCAACAAAGGAAUCGAGCUGUUGAAGAAAGAUAAAUCCCGAAAGCGGUCUUACUCCCCGGACACCAAAGACUGCCCGAGCGAGAAGAAAUCCAAGUCGGACAGCUCUCAAAAAGCCGACAGCAGCGGGGACGGCAAGGAGCCGGAGGGGAAACCGAGCGAGGCGGCGGAGAAGGCCCCGAAGGACGGAGAGCGGGCGGAGCCGGAGCCCCACCUCCUGCUCGAGUCCGAAGACGAGCUGCUCGUGGACGAGGAGGAGGCGGCCGCGCUGCUGGAGAGCGGCAGCUCGCUGGGCGACGAGGCGGACCUGGCCCCCUUAGGGGACGUGACCUCCGAAGCCAAGAAGGAUUCCUCGGACAAAGCGGCCAAGAAGAGCGAGCCGAGCACCGGGGCCGCCACCACAUCCAAGAAGAAAGGCAAAAAGACGCGCAUCUCAAAAAAGUUUGAAGCUUUGAGUGCUUUGAAGCCAAUGGUGUGCUCUGCUGCUCGUGCACAGGAGCGAAGGAGGCGAACUGUCCAGCGCCGUUUUCCCGGGAACAUGGAAGGUUUCGUCACCCUGGACGAGGUGGGGGACGAGGAGGACUCGGAGCACCCGAAGGCCCGGAAGUCGGGCGGGCCGGGAAAGUCGGGCGACCGGACCGAAGACGGUUUGGCUGAAAUCAAGGUGGAUAAGAUGGAAGAAAUCGAGCAGGAGAGCGAGGCCACCCUGGAGAACGGGUUGAAAAACGAAGACGCUCCGGAGCCCGGGGCCGCCGAGGCCUCCGAGGCCCCCGAGGCGCAGGACCCCAACAAGGACGCGGGCGAGAGCGCCAACGGCCAGAGCGAACGCGAAACGAAAAGCAGCUUCCGAGAAGAGACGGUUGUCCCCGAUGAGUACAGGAUCGGGCCUUACCAGCCCAAUGUGCCAGUGGGUGUGGAUUACGUGAUCCCCAAAACAGGGUUUUACUGCAAACUGUGUUCUCUGUUCUACACGAAUGAAGAGGUCGCGAAAAAUACCCACUGCAGCAGUCUGCCUCAUUAUCAGAAACUAAAGAAAAUCCUGAAUAAAUUGGCAGACGACCGCAGGCAAAAGAAAGACGUUUAAGCCGAGCCAGGCGGGCGGGCAAAGACGCCGCGGUUCUUUGUUUUUAACGUUAACCUUUUUUUAAAACGCAGUACAGGUAGCUAGUAGGUGGAUCAAUUGUACUCUCUUUUGUUUUAGUGAAAAAGCAAGUAAAAGUAGAAAUCCGUUCAUGUGUUACGUGUCCUAGCCAAAAACGCAUAUCGAGUUGAGUGAACACGAGAGCGACUCCUUGUUUCGGGAGAAGGGCAGGCGUGAGCCCCGAGGACUGAUGCGUGAACCAAACCCGCGCCACCCAACGUGCCGUUGACUGGUUUCGAGCUUCAGAAAUUUGUCAUCAGGUUUUUGGUUCCGUUCUUCAAUAAAAGCCAAAAUGAAUUACGCCGUAUUUUUAUUUCAUCGGAAACAUUCCAUUCUUUUAAUCUGAGCCUAGCAGUUUUGGUUUUUUUUUGGUUGGCUUUUUGGUUUUGUUUGUUGUUUUUUUUUCAUUUGGAGUGUGAAGCCGGUUUAGUUGCGUUUCACUUUCGGAGAAGUUAAGGACUUAAAUUGAGGCUCCUUAAGUUAAGGAGAAGUUGGCAACUGAAGGAGGAAGAGACGAAAGAAAGAAAGGGGGGAAAUAAACCGCCCCAGGUGUAGAUUCUUUUAACGUCAUUGCUAUCCUUUAGGAAGAAUCUUUUAAGUCAUUGAUUUUGAAUUUCGUAAUUUGUUUUUCUAAGCUCCUGCUAGAUUUUUCUUUCCUUAGUCUAGUAGUCGGUGUCUCUGCAGUGAAAAGUAAAAAUUUUCCCAUACUUCUCUUUGGCCAGUAUUAAUUUCUUGAGCUCUUAUUGCUUGUUACUUGAAUCCUGUAGCUGUUGAAUACCUCUGGUAUAAGCAAACCUUUGAUUGAUUUUUUUUCCUCUCAAUUUUUCUGGACGUGUAGACCAUAUCUCUUCAUCUUCUCAGGAUGAAAUCUGACAUUCCGGCAAUUUCGAGCCGGAUUGGUCCAAACCCCAGAACCCCGACUCCUAAUUAAAUGUAUCACUUGCACAUGUGACCCUUUUGUGAACAGAUAUCUGCAUGUGUAAUCUGUGUUGACCUGUAAUUUUCCAAUUAUAUACUGCUUAUAUCUGUGGAUUCAAGUUACCGAAGUGAUUACCAAUAAACAAAUCUAGGCAACAGGA